GUUCAGCCUCGGUCCGGCGCUAUGUUGGUGACGUUGUAUCCAUAUCUUUCCUUUCGCAGUAUUGACAAAAUUGUAGCACGAGACAGUGAGACUAUCAGAGUACAACCCACUCAAGCAGCGUCGCCAGACCGGCCGCCAACGAGGGCAACGGCGCAGACGCCUACGGAUAACGCGACGCAGGUGAAUGCUGCUUCCACGCUUUUGGGUCUAGCGCUAGAUCAACUCACGUCUCCGACACCGACCAAUCCAACAUCUGGAGGCCAUGGAAACAACCAUGUUGCAUCUUCUCCAGGCUCUGGUGAGUCCAAGGCUUGUCGAACAUGCUUCCGAACGAAUGUUGACAGAUCUCACCAGCCAUUGCGGCCGACUCGUCGCUGAGUUCAAGUCACACUUUUGGCUCACGCCUGCAAAACCUGUUGGAACAUCCACGUUUAGGCCGUCGAGAACCAAUGCAACCACCCGCCCGCUCUCUAUCCCAGACAACGACCCUUAAACCCCUCGACGAUGGUCCCACAGGCGCUGGAGGCAUCGCCCUUCCCUCAGAAGAGGAAGCUCGCCGACUCUUCGAGAGCAUGACCUUCUUCAUCGGGUACACGCAGCACCACAUCGACACGCGGGAAUUCUCGGACCGCCUCGCCUUCUUCUACGCGAACCUGGGUGAUACGUCACAGGCGAUAUCACAGGCGCAGAUGCCGUGGUACCUCGAGAUGCUGCUCGUCUUUGCCAUUGGGAAACUUUUCUCGGGCGGCUUCGACGAGGAGGAGAAGGGCGGGAGUUUGCCCGUUCCUGGGGCAAGCAUGUUUGCGCACGUGCAGGCUCGGUUGCCGAGCUUGAGCGAGCUGUAUGGGCUGGGCAAGCUGGGGAUCGAAAUUCAUGCUUUGGCGGCGGUGUAUUUGCAGAAUGCGAAUCGGAAAGAGGAGGCAUAUCUAUAUAUCAGUUCAGCCCUUCGACUGGCCACGACGCAUGGGUAUCAUCGCAAGUCGGGGACGCAACACUUGUUGCAAUCGGAAAAGGUGCAUCUGAACCGUCUCUGGUGGACUGUGUAUAUGCAAGAGAGACGACUUGCAGCAGCAACUGGCAACCCUGCUGGGAUUCUAGACGAUGUCAUUGAAAUCGAUAUGCCGACGGAUUCCCCAGGUUUCCCACCAGCGCUUCCUCUGCGAACCAAUAUCAAGAUCGCAAAGGUUACCGGAAGGAUCCUAUCAACGAUCUACGGGCCAGGGAACCAUCCAGAGGAAACGUUUGUGCCGAACGUGCAAGAAAUUGUCCAGUCAUUGUACUGGAUUGCCAAGGAGAUCCCGGGCGAGUUCUCGUCCAAGCUGUCUGAUAUGCCGUCCAUGGAAGGAGAUGUGUCUCUGAGAACAUCGGCGUAUCUCCACAUGAUGCUAUAUCAGGCGAUUCUCUUGACGAUACGGCCUGUGAUGCUCCACGUCUCGAAACUGAUCUUUGACGAGGAAAGUGGAGGAAGUCUAAGCCUGGGGUCAUCGCCGCUCGGGAGAUUGAGUCGAACGUGUUCAGAAGCGGCCCGUCGACUGUUGGAGGUCCUGAUGCUAUUACGGAAGAGGAAUAUCUUAACAACUUUUGGCUUCUUCGAUCUCGACGCCAUCUUUUCAGCUGCUUUCAUCAUGAUCCUGACGAUGACGAUCGACUCGACCUGCGAGGAGAGCCAGAAAUUGGCACCAAGCCCAGGCUUAUCAGAAGCACUGGAGAUACUCGAUUACCUGGUGGGCCGCGGCAAUGAGUUCGCGCUCCAGCGGGCUCGAGAAGUCAGGCGAAUGCGAGACCAUCUGUCGACGUUUCUGGACAUUCCCAAGAACAGCCCAAGCGAGUUUUGUUCCCAUCCCCCAGUGGCUACAGGAUCGGGGCCCAGCGGUGGGCAGCAGUCGCCUGCAACGAUGGCGGCGUCUACGUCUUCAGAGGAAAAAGGUGGCGGUGAGGAUGCCAGAGCACGUCAGCAGAACUUCCGAGAUAUGACGGUGCGGGGUUCGGUCGAGAGAGGAGGCCUGACACCGUCGGGAAGUAGCAGGGCGAGCCAACUGGGAUCGAGGAGUCUGCUGGACUCGAGUUUGUGGAACGAUAUCUCGUAUCUUUGGAUGCAGCCCGCCCCAGGGGCCGAAGAUGCGCAGGCGUUUGAGCAAGCGGAAGGGAUGGCUGAUUUGUUGCCCGAGGAUGCGUAUAAUUGGAAUUCGAUCUAUCGCAACCAGGAUUUAGCCCUAACGGGACAAGAUCUGGGGGAUUUUGGAGAGUUGGAGAGACACAUUCUAGGGUUUGGCGGAUAGAAGCUCGGGAUUUGUUGUAGUGAUAAUGAUACCAAAAGUCUGGAGCAGCGUCAUGUCUUUUCUUGGCUGCGUUGUUGAGCGUCAAGAGCAAGCUGCAAGACUCAUCACUGCGCUGGAUGAGUCAUCCUUUGAUUUACCUGCCAGGCAACCACAUCGAUUUAUGCUUAACUGGGAGCCUGGGCAGCCAGACGAAGCCACUGGCGAAUCAAAGGUCAAGAAUGCGAGAAAUAUCUAUGAAAGAGGGAGAGAUGAAGUUGAAAGAGCAAAAUGCGAGAGGGCGCGUUACAAAGCAGGUGACGUGCAGUAGGUAGGUACCUUAUGAGAGGUCGCACAACUGCUGGAAGGUGCGACCAACGGCGCCGAAUGCCUUGGAUUGUCCUUGC